GUCGGCCCAAUGCUGUCCUCGUCGUCUCCGCUGCUGCGUCGGCUGGCUCUCAACCAGAUCCCGCGCAUGAUGGCAGUCCGCGCCGCCUCUACCUCGGCUCCAGCCAUGGGCGCUGCCGCUGCUGCCGCGCAACCUGCUCAACCUGCCAAGGCACCGCGCUUGAAGACCUUUGCCAUCUACCGCUGGGACCCCGAAAACCCCACCGUCAAGCCCCGUCUCCAGAACUACCAGGUCGACCUCAACACAUGCGGCCCGAUGGUCCUUGAUGCGCUGAUCAAGAUCAAGAACGACAUUGACCCCACCCUGACCUUCCGUCGCUCCUGCCGCGAGGGCAUCUGCGGCUCGUGCUCCAUGAACAUUGGCGGCUCCAACACGCUCGCCUGCAUCUCGCACAUCGACCCCGACCUCUCCAAGCCCGUCAAGAUCUACCCACUUCCGCACAUGUACGUCGUCAAGGACCUUGUUCCCGACAUGAGCAACUUUUACCAGCAAUACCGCCGCAUCGAGCCCUACCUCCAGCGCAAGACUCCCGCCCCCGACGCUGCCAAGGAGAACCUGCAGUCCCGCGCCGACCGCAAGAAGCUCGACGGCCUGUACGAGUGCAUUCUCUGCGCAUGCUGCUCGACGUCGUGCCCCAGCUACUGGUGGAACAGCGACCAGUACCUCGGCCCUGCCGUCUUGAUGCAAGCCUACCGAUGGAUUAUUGACAGCCGUGACGAGUUCAAGGCUGAGCGUCUUGCCAAGUUGCAAGAUCCCUUCUCGCUUUACCGAUGCCACACCAUCAUGAACUGCACCAAGACCUGCCCAAAGGGUCUCAACCCCGCCCGCGCGAUCGCCAUGAUCAAGAAGGAGCUUGCCAAUGCUUGAACACCCCUAUUACUCGUCAAUACACU